AUGAAAGGUUGCGACUGGGAUGGGCUGCAUGAGUACGAAGCACAAUUUUUUGGUUUUCUACCAAAAGGAUUUACGGAUGUUGUCUAUAAUUUAAUCCUGGAAGAGUGGGCAGAAAUUGUUGAGAAGAAAAUAAUGCCCGACUUGCCUCUUGAAGAUAUAAGCGGUGAAAUGAAGCUGCAUUUGAAAAUGGAACUUGUCAGUAUGAUUGGCAAAAACAAUAUCCUGAACUCGCUCAUGAACAAACUAGAGGCUUACACAUUGGAAUAUGUCUUCCGUAUACCUGAUGAAGUAACACUGCCUGAAGAUAGGCCGAAUUUAAAAGUUGAUAAAGAAUGGAAUGCAGAAGUCGCUAAUAAACGUAGGCAGGGACUCGAACACAAUAUUAUUAAAUUGCGUUUAGCCAACGAAUUGUUUGAUAAAGAGAUCGCAAAUAACCUGCAAGCGAUACAAUUGUGGAAAGCUAUGCAAGAGAUCAAAGGUGGUAGCAGUUUCGUGAGUAACUAA